AUGGACCCAACAACGGGCCCCCCAAUGGAUCUACCCAAGCUGCCCACAACAAUGAAAGCUUGGCUCUACAGCGGCACAUCUUCCGGCCUAGAGAAGAACAUGUACCUAGAUGAAUCAGCCCGUGUCCCGCCCGCUCCAAAAGGCGACGAGGUGCUCGUGGAGGUCCUCUCAAGCGCUCUCAACCCAGCAGACUUCAAAGUCCCCGAGAUGGGUCCCCACGCCCGAUACCUGGCAAUCGGGAUGCCAGCAACGCCCGGAAUGGACUUCUGCGGGCGCGUGGUGACGACCGGUCCUGGCGCGCCGUUCAAGCCGGGCGAGCUUGUUUACGGGUGCCAUAACAUGCCGGUGAAGUUUGGUACGCUUGCGAAGUACCUUUCUAUCUCGUCCAAGCUUAUUGCGCCGCUUCCUGAGGGUGUUAGUGUGGAUGAUGCGGCUAGUUUGGGGAUUGCCGGCCAGUCGGCUUAUCAGGCUUUGAAUGGGUAUGUUAAGGAGGGGGAUAAGGUGUUUAUUAACGGUGGUUCUGGGGGGUGUGGGGUUUUUGCUAUUCAACUUGCUAAGUCCAUGGGCUGUUUUGUUGCUGUGACUUGUUCGACGAGGAAUGUUGAGUUGUGUUAUCGGCUUGGUGCUGAUGAGGUUUUUGAUUAUACGGCGGUUGGGGAUCUUGUUGGGGCUUUGAAGAAGAAGGGGAUUGUUUUUGAUCAUAUUCUUGAUCAUAUUGGGUUGCCGUCUGAUUUAUACUAUCAGUGUCAUCAUUUCUUAAGGCCUGGUGGUGUGUUUGUGCAGGUUGGAGCAUCGGCUUUGAGCACUUUUGUUGGACGAGUGGCUUGGCCUUCGUUCCUAGGUGGUGGAAAGAGAAAGUAUGUUAUCUUCUUUUUCAAGAAUACUCGGGAGCACACCGUCAAGCUUGGAGAGUUGGUUCAGCAGGGAGCUCUGAAGUUGAAUUUCGACAGCAAGUAUGAGUUCGAGGAUGCUGUGAAGGCAUUUGAAAGACUUCGGUCAGGGCGUGCCAGGGGAAAGGUCCUCGUUCAUGUGGCUGAUCCUCAAGAAGACACGAGUGCCGUGGUCAACGACUUUUUGUUCCAAUAG